CGAGAUAGGGCGGACGUACUUCUCAUUUGGCUCCCACAAAAUCGAAACAUUUUGCGCGAAAUUAACAAUCAAAAUAUAACGUUAUAAUUUGUUAAAGAAGUAAACAUUAUAAUAUUGAAAAUUUUAAGUAAAAUGUAGUGUUUUCAAGAACAUUAAAAGUUAUUUGGAAGUCAAAAAAGUACAAAGGGGAUGAUCUAUGUAAGGUUUAAGCAUUAUAAAGGUCUUAAACAUCGGCUUCACUCCGCUUUCACCUGAAUAUUAUAAGGAUCGUUGAUAUGGCCAUCAUUCAAUCGUGCUGCUGCUGGCGUAGCCUUCGUAGAGGCUGCUACGCGUCGGCGAUAUACACUUUGGUAUACUUCGCGGUAACCAUAGUAACGAUGGGGCACUUUAUCGACGUUGAACAUCGCUACCUAUCCGGCCAAAUGACUGAACCCGAAUCGGAGAGUUUUCUCGAGCCGGAAAAAAUAACUCCAAUAACAGUGUCUCUUAACAUCACGCUAUUGGCAUGCAGCAGUUUGGGCCUCAUCUCUUGCGUCGUACUCAUGGUGGGAGUCUAUAAGGAUUUAAAAUUUAUGCUUCUACCUUGGAUUGUGUCUAUGGGAUUGGAAACGCUCGUUGAGCUGAUCAACGUGUGCUAUCUCUUUUACUUGCAAACUGUAAGUAUUGAACAAUUCAACUUCAACCCAAUAACAUCGUUUCUCUUCACUUUGGACUUCUUUAUAAUCGCCCUUAAUAUAUAUGCGUUAGUGUGCGUCAUAUCACAGUUUCAAGAGUACCUAGAUGGGCGAGGGACCGCGUCGUUCGACUAUUCCGAUAGGCUAGCUGGAGUUCAGUACAUUGCACAACCUCCUCAGACUACAACUACGAGUUCUGCUCCUAGUGGCCGCAGACGAUCCGCCCCAAGGCCUCUGCUCAGUCGAUGUGACCCUGAAGAGUUUUCUGAAGCACCAUCUAGAGCAAUUACGUCUGUGUUGUCAAAGCCCUCUCGAUCUAACGUCAAGAAGCAUGUCCAAUUCCCGGAUGAACAAAGUUGCAUUGAAGAAGCACCCGAAACUUCAAAUGGGAACGAAGAAAAGUCUUCGUCCCGCGUGAUUAGCUCGUUGUGGAUGGAGCUGGAGACGGAAACGCCACCACCGGAACGCUGACGACGUCGAAGCGAGCAGUAUUACCGGCCAGUUUCGCGCGCCCGAAUAGAGCGUCGCAAAAUGUCCGCCGCCGGAGUACCGCCCGCUACGCCCGACAUUCAAGACUCGUCAUUGUAAACAAUAACCAGUGAUUACUAACCAUCUAGCGUUUCACCUGCCGUUUUGUACCCAUUUAAAAACAGACAGUCCACUAGGAAUGGUGUUUUUAAAUGCAAACUAGUGCCACGUUUCAAUUACUCUGAAUGUGAAUAAAAAUGUAGAUGUUACUCAAACAAAACUUGUAAGCACAUGCAAUAUAUAAUAGGGUAAGAAACGCAGGCGCCAUAAAUAAGAUUUCUAUCGAGUAAUUAGGGGGCUUAUAAUGUAAAUCGUAAGAUGAAACUACUGGUACAUGCUUAGUUAUUGGUAUAAAUUUCAAUCAUAUUAUUCGCUAUUGUCUUUAGCCAAUCAUAAUUAAUUGAACGUAUCGUGAUCUGGUUUCGUCUUUUGUUUUACAUUAAUGCCUCAGGAUAUUUUAAUAA